AUGGGCACCCAAUCACCCCAACUUGUGGCCGAGCUUUUUCCCCUGCCUGAGGGGAAGCCCAACCGAGGGUGUUCGAUCAAACGCCUGGCAUGGGCUUCUGGAAUCCAUUCACCCCAUAACAGCUGUGACAAACACAGCUCCUUGGGUGUCUGCCUCCUUGGCAGGCAUGAACUGUGCAGGCUCAUCGGCAGCAGCCGCUCCCCCUCCCUGAGUGUAAUUGGUGUGGUGAUUGGGAAAACAGAUACAAAAGGCUUUCCAGACAGAAAAAACAUUGGUUCGGAGAGAUACACUUUUGUUUUUACUGUUCGUGAUUCACCCUCUUACUUCAUAAAUGUAAAUUCUUGGGGAAAAGAGAACUAUGUUAAAUCACUUUCAGAAAGUUUAAGAGUUGGUGACUGUGUCAUCAUUGAAAAUCCUUUAGUACAGACCAAGGAAGUAGAAAAGGAGGAAAAAUUUAACCCUACAACGCCAAGCUGUUACAAGCUUCUGCUAAGUGAGACUCAUUCAGCAGUCAAGAUUUGUUCCCGCUGUGAAGUGGACACCAAGCUGCUGUCUCUGUUGAAUGUGCCUGUGAAGGAACCUCAAGAUUUUUACUCACUGGGGGACAUUGUGGCCAAUGGACAGAGCUUGGAUGGAAAAAUCAUAAAUGUUCUUGCAGCUGUCAAGUCAGUUGGUGAGCCAAAGUAUUUCACCACUUCGGACAGACGAAAAGGUCAUAGAUGUGAAGUGCAGCUGUUUGAUGAAACUCUGUCUUCCUUUGUGAUGAUAUGCUGGGACAAUGAAUCUAUCCAGUAUGCACAGAGCUGGGCACCUCGAGAAACAGUAAUCUUUGCAGCAGAUGUGAAAAUAAACUUUGACAAAUUUAGGAACUGCAUGGUUGCAACAAUAAUCUCUAAAACCAUUAUCACUACGAAUCCUGACACGCCAGAGGCAAAUAUUUUGUUCAACUUCAUAAGAGAGAGUGCAGAAAUGUUAGCUUUGGAUGAUGAAAUAGGACAUCAGUUUAGAGAGUCCAUAAACUUGCAGACAAUAACUGAAGUUUUCACAGUGGAGCAGUUAAAGAUGAAAGCUUUGCAAAGUGAGGGGAAAUCAGAGCCUUUCUAUGGCAUUAUUUUUGCCUAUAUUUCUACUCUGAAUAUUGAUAGUGAAACAGCUAAAAUAAUACGAAACAGAUGUACCAGGUGUCACUAUGUGAUCAACGAAGCAACCAAGGGGUGCUCCUUCUGUAGUAGUUUUCCCUUCUCAUCAGACACACCAGCCUACCUGAGCUUUGAUUUGCCAGUUGACCUGAGCGACCACACAGGCACCCUCCCUUCCUGCAACCUCUCAGACAAGGUGGCUGAAGAGACUCUAGGUUGCACGAUUCACGAGUUCCUGGCUCUGACGGAGGCUCAAAAGACAGCAUUAAAAUGGCAACUUCUUCUGGAACGAAGUAAAAUAUAUUUCCGAGUUAUUCUUUCUCCUAGUUCAAGGAGUGGACUGAGACUGAGUCUACUUUCGUGCAAGCUAGCAGAUCCUGUAGAGUCUAGCUUAAACUUGAUUGGUAAAGGAAAAGAGGCAGCUGCCAAACAGUUGGAAAAAUUUUAACAGGGUGUUAUACUAUGUUCAAAAUAAAUUGUCAAAGGGGAAAAAAGAGAUGUUUGUUGUCACUGCAGUAGGCGGAAAUAUGUUAAAAUGCUUAAAAGUCUGCUUUAACCCCUCAAUGUUUAUACUCUUUCUGGUAUAAAAUAUUUAAGGAAACUUUUUGUCUUAAAUCUCUUUUAUUGCAGCAAGGCAUGCUUUCUAUUCACUUUAAGGCCUUAAAACAGGUAGCAAAGUUUCAUUUCAUUAAUAAUGUACAUG